AAUAUGGCCGCACCCUCGAGGAGGACAUUGUCUCUGAUACAUCUUCCAUGUUUCGAAGAGUCCUCGUGUCCCUUGCGACGGGAAACAGAGAUGAGGGAACGUACGUGGAUGAUGCCCUUGCUCAACAAGAUGCUCAGUGCCUGUAUGAGGCUGGGGAGAAGAAAUGGGGGACAGAUGAGGUACAAUUUAUGGCCAUCCUCUGUACACGGAACAGAUACCACCUACUAAGAGUUUUUGAUGCAUACAGAGGGAUUGCUAAUAAGGACAUAACAGAGAGCAUUAAAUCUGAGAUGUCGGGAGACCUCGAAGAUGCUUUGUUAGCUGUGGUAAAGUGCAUGCGGAAUAAACCUGCAUAUUUUGCUGAAAGAUUGUAUAAAUCCAUGAAGGGCUUGGGGACGGACGACAACACGCUGAUCCGAGUGAUGGUGUCCCGCUCUGAAAUCGAUAUGCUGGAUAUCAGAAGGGAAUUCCUGACCAUGUAUGGGAAAUCGCUCUACUCCUUCAUUAAGGGAGACUGCUCAGGAGACUAUAGGAAAGUUCUGCUCAGACUCUGUGGUGGGGAGGAUUAG